GAACAACUUUAAGUCCGUUUUGACGUCCAUCCAGUUAGCUUGUGCGCUCCGCGACCGAACUGAAAGAAAGAGUAUUUCUUAAAUCAAGUGCAAAGAAUUUGCAUAGUGUAUAUAAAUAUAUAUAAAGCAGACCCAACCAACCCCAACCAGAUAACUACACCUCACCAGUAUCUUUUUUUUGUAAAUCCAAACCAAAAAAAAAAACUUAAGAUGGCAUCCACAGCACCAGCACUUAAGGAUCUGCCCAAGGUGGCCGAGAACUUGAAGAGCCAGUUGGAGGGCUUCAACACGGAGAAACUGAAGAAUGCCAGCACCCAGGAGAAGAUCAUUUUGCCCACAGCCGAGGAUGUGGCUGCCGAGAAGACCCAGCAAUCAAUCAUCGAGAGCAUCACUGGAUUCGAUCAGAACAACUUGAAGCACACCGAGACCAACGAGAAGAACCCCUUGCCCGAUAAGGAAGCCAUUGAGCAGGAGAAGGAGAAGAAUCAAUUCAUAGCCGGCAUCGAGAAUUUCGAUGCGAAAAAGUUGAAGCACACCGAGACCAACGAGAAGAACGUGCUGCCCACCAAGGAGGUCAUCGAGGCCGAGAAGAAGGCCUAAGCCAAAAGUGGCAGGCGCAUCCAGCAUUGCCAAUAACGUUGCAUCUCUCUCAAGCGCAUACAAAAAAAAAACACCACACUCAAACAAACACAC